CCGAUACUGAUUUUUUACAUUAAAAUUAGACAGCACACAAACAUUUCCGGUUAAGGAUGUCAAAUUUUCCUCCACUUCCACAGAUUGCUGGUAACCAUGCAUUAGUUUAUGAGGCAUAUUAUAAUCAGGCUGAUCCAAAAGGAACAGGAAGCAUAGGAGCAUUAGAUGCAGCAAACUUUUUAAAGAAAUCAGGACUCAGAGAUUCAGUUUUGGGACAGAUAUGGGACUUGUCAGAUCCAACAGGAAAAGGAUACUUAGAGAAACCAGGAUUUUAUGUUGCUUUAAAGCUGGUGGCAUUAUCACAGAGCAACCAGGACUUAAAUUUACAGAAUCUAAUCAUUGAUGCACCACAACCUAAUGUUGGACCAGUUGAUUUGACUCCAAAGCAUGAGCCAGCUGUACAGAAUGCCACCAGUGUACCAUGGAAAGUUUCGGCUGUAGAGAAAACCAAGUAUGAUCAGUUGUUUGAUAGCUUGGUUCCUGUUAAUGGACUAUUGUCAGGGGACAAAGUUAGACCCAUGCUAAUGAAUUCCAAGUUACCCGUAGAUGUUUUAAAGAAUAUCUGGGAGUUAAGUGAUGUAGACAAAGAUGGCUACCUUGACAGAGAUGAAUUUUGUGUGUCAAUGCAUCUAGUGUACAGAGCUAUAGAAAAAGAACCUGUUCCUUCAAUAUUACCAAUAGCCCUUAUACCUCCCUCAAAAAGAAAGCAUAAUCCAGUACCAGGUGGUGUUCAAGUUCUACCAGGGGUAAUACCUACAUUACCAGGAUCUGUUCCUGUUCUCCCAGGCGUGAUGGGUGGGAGGUCGACACCAACAAUGAGGUCAGAUUCUCCCUCGAUGAGUGGACAGUGGGUUGUAAACGCUGCUGACAAAAAUCGAUUUGAUGCCAUGUUUAAAACAGCUGAUUUAGAUAUGGAUGGUUAUGUAACAGGACAAGAAACCAGAGAUAUAUUUGUUCAGAGUGGAGUUCCAAAUAAUGUCCUUGCUCAUAUAUGGUCUUUAUGUGAUAUUAAAGGUUUAGGAAAAUUAAAUUCUGAACAGUUUGCUUUAGCAAUGUACCUAAUUAAUCUGAAAAUGAAAGGUGUAGAUCCACCAACACAGUUAACACCUGAGAUGAUCCCUCCUUCCAUGAGAAGUGGUACAGAUACUGCAGCCUUUGGCAUCACAGAUGCUACCAAUGCAGGCCCAUUUAGUCAUGUGGCUGAUUUCUCUGCUAUCAAAGAAUUGGAUAUAAUUCAAAAAGAUAUUGAAGAUAUGAAAAGGGAGAAGUUAAACUUAGAAAGAGAUGACCUACAGACUGAGGCUGAUAUAAAGAUAAGUAAUGGAGAAGUUCAGAUGUUACAGAAAGAAUUAGACAGUAUUACGGCAACAUUAUGUCAGCUAGAAAAUCAAAAGAAAGAUGCUCAGAAAUGUCUUGAUGAAUUAGAUGAAAAGAAAUCAGAUUUAAUGGCAAAUGUAUCAGAUAUGAAGGAAAAAUGUGAAAAAGAAGAAAAAGAAAUAUUUAAUCUAAAAUCACAGAUUGACAAUCAAGAUCUUUUCGUGAAGAAUCAAGAAGAAGAACUUAAUAAAUUAAAAAUAGAAUUAAAUUCCUUAAGAGAUGAAGAAAAGAAAUUAGAACAAAAUAUUGAUGGUGGAAAACAACAGAUAGCAUUGUUUGCUAAAUCAAAACAGGAAAUACAACAGCAAGUUAAUCAGGAAAAAAUAAAAGUACAACAUUUAGAAGAUAAACUUAGAGGAGCCCAAACAGGAUCACGAGGUGUUAAUGGUGAAGUGUCAGGAAUAUUUGCUUCACAGAUUACAGAUGAUAACAUGAGUACACAAGCUACACUUGGAAGUCCCCAUAGUACCAUAAGUAGUUUUAGUGCAGCAUCAGGAUUAGAGGAUUUCAAAGACGAUCCAUUUAAACACAAAGAUCCUUUUGGUGGAGGAAGUGCAGGCCAGGCCGAUCCAUUCCAAAGUGAAGAUCCAUUUAAAGAAAGUGAUCCAUUUAAAGGAAAUGGAUUUUCUUCAGAUCCAUUUGGAGCUGAAGAUCCUUUUAAAAGUUCAUUUGGUGAUACUUCAACUUCCAGUAAGAGUGAUCCAUUUGGUAAUGCGGACCCAUUUAGCGGUUCUUUUUCAUCAACAUCAUCUUCAAGUAGUAAAAAAGCUAAUGAUUCUUUUGAUCCAUUUGGAGGAAGUGGUAAACCAUCAAAACCAGGCUCACUGUUUGCAGAUGCUGAUCCAUUUGCUCCUAAGUCAUCAUCCCCAUCUAAAAAAAGUUCCCCAUCACCUGCUUCAUCAUCCAAAGAUAAAAAGAAACCACCCCCACGACCUGCACCUCCCAGAGGAACUAGUCCUAAUCCAAUUAAAGCAGCGUCUGCUGCAUGGAAUGAUCCAUUUGCCGGGUCCGAUCCAUUUUCUGGAUCAGCGGCACCAAAGGCAUCAGGAAAUGAUGCAUUUGCUAAUUUUGCUGAUUUUAGUCCUGGAAAAGAGGAAGUCUAAAGUAUUGUACAAAAUGCAGUGGUAGAAUUAAGUUCGAUGAUACAAAUGCUUGGGGAAGCUGAAAUCUGUAUCUUAUCAUAAGUGGACCAAUUAUUACCCACCCGUGCUGCCACAUGUGCAAUAUUGAUUAUUAAUUGUUGUAUACGAGGUUAGGAUGUGUGUUGUUUUUGUUAUCAGUGAGCUUGUUUACAUUUCAACCAGUACAUUUCAACAACAAGUGUUGAUUUCGUGCCAAUACCAAAAACAGUAAUUAUCAGUUGUUGAUUAUAUGAUAUAUCCAAAAUAUUCAUAAAGAAAUUAAAGUGACAGUGACAAAGACCGUUUGAACUUUCAGUGAAGAACGAAGCAAAGCUUUUAUACAACCAAAAUAUUUGUUUUCUUGCACAGCUUUUUUGAAACCAAACAUGUUGUAUACCAUUUUUUGUAGAGAUGUUGUGUAUUAAUGUGCCAAACUGUUCAUUAUGCAAAUGUUUUAAAAAUACCAUAAAUAAUUACUAAAAGUCAUAGAAAGUUACGGGUUUUUACCCUAUAAGUAAUAUAUAAAACAUUGUGUUCAAUUGAAUUAUAAAUCUUUUAUUAUACUAUGUAUAUCAUAUGUGUAGUCAGUUGAUUCCAGAUAAUUAAAUUCAAGGUUAUAUCUUAAUUUAAGGUUAUAUCUUCAUUCAAGGUUAUAUCUUAAUUCAAGGUUAUAUCUUAAUUCAAGGUUAUAUUUUAAUUCAAGGUUAUAUCUUAAUUCAAGGUUAUAUACUCAGCACAGGUCAAGUCAAUGAUAAAUUGGCUUUUAAUUGGAUAUUAAUCGACUUUAAUAUCCAGUAUAACUGGUACCUUAAAAUGAUAAUACUUUCCACCCUUUUGUAUGGAUAUCAUAUUAAUAUGAGAUGUUUUUGCAUUUGUCAAAAUAAAUUACUGUUAAUCUUUUAUCAGUAAUUGACAAAAAUGAAAAUAUAUAUCAUUUUCCUCUUGUUUGAUAAUGAUGAAAAUGACUGACGAAUCUGUUACAUUAAUUAUAAUGUAGUCUUGGAAGUAUCAAUGUAUUAGGUGUAUUAUUGUCUUUAGAUGUAGUAAGAACAUUGUAAUGUUGUUUACACCCUGGUUAUUUCAAAUACAUGUGUUGUCAUGACAAUUAGAAAACAAAUGUAGGAAGUUUUUAAAUUAGUCGUGUGACUUAGUAUCUUGUUGUUAGACACUAGAAAUGGGGGACUGGGGAGCACAACUCAUUAACUAUUUUUCAUCCAAAUUUUUGUAUAAUCUCAUGAAGAUGAUACUCACCUAUUCCUUGUGUAUUUGCACAUAGCAAUCUUAUACAAAUUCCUUUGAUAUAACUCUUCAUCUUUAGGUAUUUGGUAUGUUGUUUAAGUUUGUCUCAUAUCCAUUUAUUGACAUAGUAUUUUCAUUUAUUACUAAAUUAGCUGUUAUAUAUGACAGUUCAGCCAUAAAAGAGAUAUAAUUUGAAUGGAAUUUUUAUUUGGGAUAUCCUAAAAAUUGUUCAUAUAGAAAAGUGAAGUCCAUGAUACUGUGAAAUGAAGACUCUGUAAACAAAUUCUCUGAAAUCUGUUCUCAGAUUUUGCUUAUAAGUGAUGUAAAAUGGAAAAUCCCCAUAUGCGGUCAACAGAAAAUUUGUCAAGUUCAGGAACUGAAUAUUUGAGAGUGACCUACACUUAAAUAUAAGAGAUGCUGGAUGAAAUGGCCAACCUUGUUUAAAGUAAUGGCUAAAUGACAAAAUGUUUGCAAUAUUUAUCCAGUUUGAUAAUGGCAUAUAAAACAAGUUAUAAGGAUCACAAAGAUUCAUUGAACAUUUUCUUUAAAACCGUAUACUUAACCAGAGUUUUAUGGUUAAUUGGGAAAAAAGACGACCUCAAAAUGUGUUUUUGUGUUUUGUGUCUUUAUGUCUGCCUUACCUCUCCUGUAGCUCAAAUUAACCUAAUUUCAUGAAUGCGGUGAAAAAGUUUCAAACAGAGCAUGAUCUUUCAGUUCUUAUAAUUGAUGUUUUCAAUAUAAUGACAACCAAGUAGAAUACAACACUCUCAUAUAAAGUAUUUGACAGUUUUGAGUAUUAUGACAUGUUUAUAUUUUUGUUUAUUUUCAGAAAUUUUAAUGCUUCAAUUAUUUCAAACAUUAACAGUUCUGAAAUCCCAGUGCAUCACACUUUCUUUUCCUGAAUAUUUCUUUUGUUUUUUAUUCAGUUAACAAAUCUGGUCAAUAAUUUUUAUUAUAAGCGAUGUCUUGCUGAUCAAAUUUUCAUUAUAUUUUUAAUUUAUUAAACAAUCAAUAUCAUACCAACAGUCAUAUUUUAUAAGUUUUAAUUUUACCAGUGUUAAACAAUGAAAUAGAGUUGUUUCUUUUGAUCUUAAGCUUAUAUAGAUAUAUGGACAUAUACACACAUACUAGUUUCCUGUUUUAUUGAAAGAUGUUAUUCCAUAAUGGCUGUGUCACGUUUGAUUGCGUUGAAACACAUAAAUAUUCAUUAUUCAUUGUCAUAACUUCUGUUUUAUAAGUUGAGAUUUUUUUUAUUUACAUGAGAGCUGUGCUUUCAUUCAUGAACUAUUUUAUUGUGAUAUCUGUAUUCCAGUUUUAUCUUAGGUUCUCAUUUUAAUAAAUGUACAUCCUAGUAUGAACUUCAUUUGUAAAUAUUAGCAAUAAAUUAUAUCAAUCAUUAA